CCGGACUGUCCGCGUGCAGCAGAACGACCGGAGAGAGAAUCCUCCUCGCGACCAGAUUCAACAAACUCUGCUGGUUACCAACGGUUACCUGCUGCCGAACCGGAUUAAACCGCCUACCGACCCGCUUCAGGGGUGAACCGACUAACGUUUAAAGUGUUUUCUACCAGCUGACUGGUGUGAAACACUGACCUCAUGGAGGAGCUUCACGACGUGCAGCUGACGGAGAUCAAACCUCUGCUCACAGGACAGAAUAAGAGCAACCUGCAGGAUGUCAACUGCAAGGAAUACGACGUGGAGACAGCGCAUGGAGUGCUGCACGUCACCAUGAGGGGCGUCGCCAAGGGCAACCAGCCCACAAUCCUCACCUACCACGACAUUGGAAUGAACCACAAGUCGUGCUUCAACACACUGUUCAACUUCGAGGACAUGCAGGAAGUGACGCAGCAUUUCUCUGUGCUGCAUGUUGACGCUCCUGGACAGCAGGACAACGCUCCAACCUUCCCCACUGGGUACGAGUACCCUGCCAUGGAGGAGCUGGCUGAUAUGCUGCCGCAUGUCCUCUCCAAGCUGCAGGUGAAAAGUGUGAUCGGUAUCGGCGUCGGAGCUGGAGCCUACGUCCUCGCCAAGCUGGCUCUGAACAAGCCCAGCUUGGUGGAAGGCUUGAUUCUGAUCAACAUUGACCCGUGUGCCAAAGGCUGGGUGGACUGGGCCGCCUCCAAGCUGAGCAGCUGGACCAGCAGCCUGGUGGACAACAUCAUGGGACACCACUUCAGCUCUGAGGAGUUACUGGAGAACAAGGAGAUCAUUCAGACGCUGAGACUCCAAAUCUGUCAGGACAUUCCUCAGGAGAACCUGGCCUUGUUCUUCAGCAGCUAUGAGAACCGUAUUGACCUGGAGAUAGACCGACCCACCCCUGGUCUCACUGGAAGCGGCCUCGUCACACUCAGGUGUCCCGCUCUGCUGGUAGUCGGAGACAUGUCACCUUCUGUGGACGCCGUGGUGGAUUGUAACUCCAAACUGGAUCCCACCAAGACCACCCUGCUGAAGAUGGCGGACUGUGGGGGACUUCCUCAGGUGGUUCAGCCUGGGAAGUUAGCCGAGGCCAUCAAGUACUUCCUCCAGGGAAUGGGAUACAUGCCCGCGGCCGGUAUGACCCGUCUGAUCCGCUCCAGAAGCCACUCCGCUACCAAUGCGAGCUCCAUGUGAGUCUGGCGCCGUAGCGCCACCGACGCCCACCAAGGGGCGCCGCUGAGGUCCUGACCAUCCAGCCAGCAGUGCCGGCCUUGCGGUUCUGGUUCUGCUCCUCCUCCUCCAGUUGUCAGAGUUCUUCCUGAAGAGUCCAGUUCAUGCUGGAGAUCGGACCGGUGCGGUUCUGUUGUCCAGCAGUUGCUAUGGUAACACGUUUCUCUCUUCGUGGAGUUUACAUGCCGUUGUUCUGUGGUUCUUGUUCUCUUUGAUCAGACAUUUUUCUCUUUCUUGUGGUUCUGAUCCGAUCUUUUUGAUAUUUACUCGUCGUUGAUAUUUGGUUCUGACGGACCCGACUCCUUCAGGAAGUUAAAUAUUUAAGGAGUUUCACGUCCUGAAACUCAUUCAUGAACUAAAGCUUGAGGGGAGGUCCGAUCCGAUUCAACUCCAGAACCCGACUGGUUCUGCUUCUAAGUCACAGCUUGGCCCGAAACCAGAACUGAUCUUCAUCUGCUUCGUCAGAACUUGUUUCUAGUACUGCCGGGUCGGCUCGAUCCGCUUCCCUCAGAAUCUCUGCAGUCCAUUUGUCGGCAUGCCGAGUCGUAGCAUGAGAAGUUUCUGUGGGCCCGAUGUUCAGCUCUACUGAAGACACCAACAGCCCCAGAACCUGGUUCUGCUCCAUUCUCUUCAGUAAACGGGAGUCCAUCAGGAGCUCAGAACCCUGUGGUUCCUGGAGCAGAACCGGGUCUUGCUGCGGUUCUGGUGGUUUGGGUUUCCUGUUGCUCUGGUUCUAAACCUGCUGGAUGUUUGUUUCUGUAGUUUGUAAUGAAAUAAAGCUGAAAUAAAUCAACGGCUCCUUGCUGCUCAGAACCAGAACCAAACCCGGUUCAAACAUGGAAUGAUUCUGCUGCUGAUCGAGUCCACUCCACAAAGGUAUGGAGACAAAUUGGGGCCAACACUUUAUUUUGUUAAAACCUUAUGAAAUUGAAAAACACUCAUUUUUAAAAAUGAAAAGUAUUGAAACUGGAAAAAAAUAAAAUAACUAGAAAAAACAACUUUAACCUGAAAAGAAGUUUAGAAUGUUUUUCUUCAGAUAAACAUUUCUUUGCAUUUUCAGGGUUUAUUUGGUCAUAUCUGGUUGCCUUUAUUUGACAGUUGUCAGACAGGGCUGGGACUCGAACCAUUGCCUUCGUACAUGGAUCUCGCUUUUCCCCUGCGUCACCCACAGACAUUUUUUAAGGAACUUUUUGGCUCCAGUUUAGCUCCGUACCGGCCCUGAUCCAGCCUCAUUCUGGUCCCGUCCGACUCCAGACUGAAGCAGAAUGUGGAACGGGAUCAUUUCAGGUUCUGGGUCAGACAGAACCAGCCAGAGAACCCAGACCCACCCAAUGCAGACAGAGCUCUGAAUCAGAGCUGGAUCAGAACCGCCUCCAACUUUAUUCCCUCCACUUCCAUCAAAAACAGCAAAUUAAUUAUGAAUAAAACCUGACUGCAGAUCAAACAGUUUAUUAUCUAACGGUGGGAAAACUUUAACCCUUCAGAACCUCCAGGGGUCAGAAACUGUCAUCAUCCUCUCAGGUCCAGUUUGUUCCAGCCACAUCGUGGUUCUGGUGAGGAAUGAAGUCUGUUGGGUUCAUGUUGUUCAGCUGGCAGCAGGGGGCGCCGUCUUGCUGCAGAGUCUUCCCAGCAGGCCGGCCAUCUGCAGCAGGGAGUUCACUCCUUCAGCCACCCGCAUGUGAGUGAAGCCGAUCUCCUGGAGGAAACGAGAGAGAACCGGUUCCUGAUCACAUCAGGUCCAAACGGACGGGUUUACAGAGUUUUCUCUCAGUUUAAACAAACAAAGACAAUGAUUAAAAAAAGUUAAACCUGCAGAAUGUGGAAACUGAGGGACUUAAAGCGAAUUCCUUUCACUCAAGUAUUCACUAAUUGAAUGAAUAAUUAGUUUAUAUUUCUGCCUGUUUGAGAACUUUUUGUUCAAACUGUAGUCUCACUUCUACGGAAGCCAAAACGUGCAAACAAAGAAUGAUACAAACAACAAAUGCUGCAACUACAGAAAAUUGAAGCAAAAUGGAAAACCUGUUGCUGCCACUAAUUAACUUGGUCUGAUUAUUAAAGUACAGCCACGAACAGCAACAGUUACUGAGCUCCGCCAGGGCAGACUCUUUCCAGUCAAGUUGCUCUCUAUAUGUGUGGUUCGGUUCUGGUCCAGUGGGGAGAUUCUCCACAUUACGGUCUGGAGCGCAGCAGCUGCGGUUAUUUCUCCGCUGAUUUGCAGCGACACUCAGCAACAGAGAACCUCGAGGUUCUGAUUGUGAUGGACUAAAUAAACCCAGAUAUUUUAUUUUGUCUUAUAAAAAAUGUUCCUGGCCCAAACAUAAUGAUAGACUCAGAUUAUGAACUUUUAUUUUUUUUUUUAAAUACAAACGAAAAAUAAAAUUCACAUCACACCAAGCUAAUAUUAUGUAGUUCUGGUAUUUUACACUGUCGGAGCAGAACAGCAGCUCGGAUCUCUGACCAGCUUCUCUGCUUUCUUUUAGAUGUAACUUCUAUCAUGAAUAUAGAUUAGCAAAAAACCCUACAAGUUACAAUGAAGUACUGCUACUUCCAGUGGGCGCCAGAAGUAAGACCCAUAAUCGUUUCCCCAGUAAACCUCCCAGGAGUAAGGUGGACAGAAUCAAGCUGUAAUAUUACAGACUCCAGACUCCCCCUAGGGGGCUGGAGGAGUUCUGUCUUAUGGAAAGACCGCAGCGAUCUCCCUGUUGCUUCUAUUUCAUGUUUUUGGAGUUUGGGUCAUUCACGUGUUGCACCUGUUAGCCUCUGUACGCUAUAGUCAUCUAAUCACUGUCUUUUCGCUGCAGCUUUAAUAGAAAUUGGUUCACCGUUUGAGUAUUUUUCCCUUCAGCCUCUCUGUGGGAAUUGUUUUAGUUUCUUGUUUAUUCAGCAGAAUUAAAAAACAUCCAGAGCCAACGCAGGUUUUACUUCCUCAUUCAGUCUGGGAAGCUUUUUAAAAAUCGCUCUAAUGUUCCAAUGAAUCUUCAAACAAGCUCCAGUUUUUCUCAAAAUCACACAAAAUCAGCAGAUUCCAGCUAUUUUUGUACUAGUGCAUAACUACAUUUUUUCUGUUCUGCAGAAAUGGUAAGAAAAUAUUGAGUUUAAACAAUGCUAACUCCCACCUGCAGGUGGCAGUAUUUCUUACAGAAGCUUGAUGUCAAGUUUUAGAAAACUCAUCAAGUUAUUUAAGUUCUUUAAAGAAUAAAAAUGUUAGAGUUGA